AUGCAUGUAGCAACAACAACGAUACCCAGUUACCACCGCCACCACCGCAUCUACGCUUCACUCUUCGCCAUCGCCAAACUCAAAACAAGCACAAUGGCGAGCAGCAGCAGCAGUAACAAUUCGGGUGAAUUCACAACAAUCAAAGAGAGAGUCACUUUCCAGAAAGACAUAAAGAAAAGCAAGUUCAUCGCCAUUGCUGGCUCCGUCUCCGACGACAAAUCCGCCAUGUCUUUCCUUUCUCAGGUUCGGGAUCCAAAAGCUACUCAUAAUUGCUGGGCUUAUAAGGUGGGGGAUCAAUAUCGGUCCAAUGAUGACGGUGAACCUUCAGGUACGGCUGGGAAACCAAUAUAUUCUGCUAUUUCUACUUCAGGAAUAGAUAGAGUAAUGGUGGUUGUAAUCAGGCACUUUGGUGGUAUCAAACUAGGCGCUGGAGGAUUGGUCAGGGCUUAUGGAGGAGUUGCAUCAGAAUGUCUGAAGAAUGCUCCGACUUGCCUUGUUAAAACAAAGGUGCCAAUGGGUGUAGAAGUCCCAUUUGACUUACUUGGAGUGCUCUACCAUCAGCUGCAGUCUUUUAAUGUGGAAGACAUGAAGCAGGAUUAUGAUACAGGUAAAGAUGACAUAUCCAUGGUUACUUUUAAAGUUGAGUUUGACCAAGCUGAGAAAUUGGAGGAUACACUGAAAGCCAAUUGUAGCCGAGAUUUGAAGUUUUAUAAGCAUUGA